AUGGCAGAUCAAUUAAAAGAAUUUGUUGAAAUGCCAAAACAAUUUAUCAAAGAAGGCACUCAGUUUGUAAAUCGAUGCACUAAACCUGAUCGUAAAGAAUUCAUUAAGAUUUCACAAGCAGUUGCAAUGGGAUUUUUUGUAAUGGGAUUUAUUGGAUUUUUUGUAAAAUUAGUUCAUAUUCCAAUUAAUAAUAUUCUUGU